CAGGGAGCUUGCCUAAUACGCAGGCGCGAAUUCUUCGCCUUCCAGGUUCCUGCGGCUUGAGAGCUCUCCGUGUCAGCUCGCCGUGGCACGAUGCGCUCUGUGGGCGCGCUGCUGUUGCCCCUGACGCUGGGCCUGGGGCUCUGCGCCCUCGUGUGUGCUUCCAAGCCUGGGGGCGUCCGGAAAAGAGGACCGACCGUGACCGCCAAGGUCUUCUUUGACAUAAGUAUUGGAGACCAAAACAUAGGAAGGAUCGUCAUUGGCCUCUUUGGCAAAGUUGUUCCCAAGACUGUGGAGAAUUUCGUGGCUUUGGCAACAGGAGAAAAAGGAUAUGGAUACAAAGGAAGCAAAUUUCAUCGUGUGAUCAAAGAUUUCAUGAUUCAAGGUGGAGACUUUACUGUUGGAGAUGGCACUGGAGGCACUAGCAUCUAUGGAGACAACUUUCCAGAUGAGAACUUCAAGCUCAAGCAUUACGGCAUCGGGUGGGUCAGCAUGGCCAAUUCUGGGCCAGACACCAACGGUUCUCAGUUCUUCAUUACUAUGAGCAGACCCACCUGGUUGGACGGAAAACAUGUCGUGUUUGGAAAAGUGAUCGAGGGAAUGACGGUGGUGCACACCAUAGAGUUCCAGCAGACCGACGAGCACGACCGUCCCCUGACGGACUGCGUGAUCACCAACAGCGGCAAGAUCAACGUGAAAGAGCCUUUCGUGGUGGAAGUCGAUGACUGGUGAGCACGCAGAGAAGACAGGUGUGGGGGGAGCCUGAAGUCUGUGCAGAGAGCCGUGAGAAGGGCAGCCACCAACAUGGCGGCCCUCGAGGGUCGUGUGACCUUGUAAAAGUGUCGCCUUUAUCUUUGAGUAAAAAGUCUUUCAACAAAAGAAUACAAAUCAGUGUAUGUUACAGGGACUUUUUUACAGGAAUACAAGUCGUUUGAUACUUUGUGCAUUAAAAAUGAUACCAAA